AUGACUAGUUCAAGACUCAUUUCAGUUUCAGAAAAGAUUAUUAAGCCAUUCUCUGCCACCCCAUCUCCCCUUAGACAUUACAAGCUUUCUCUUAUUGAUCAACUCAUGAGUACCAUGUACAUUCCCAUAGCUUUCUUCUACCGUAGACCUCUAGAGCACAAGAUCAUCAAUAAAAGUUCCAAACUAGAAGUAUCUCAAACUCUCGAGAAAUCUCUAUCGAAAACCUUAAGCUCUUACUAUCCAUUUGCAGGAAAGUUGAAGGAUAAUCUAUCCAUUGAAUGCAAUGACAUGGGAGCCAAAUUCUUGAAUGUUGAACUGAAUUGUUCUAUGUCUGAAGUUGUCAAUCUUCCGGAUACUGGUCCUGAAUAUUUGGCCUUCCCUAAAAAUUUACCUUGGAAUAGUACUUCAUAUUAUGAGGGUACUAAUUAUUUUGUUGUGGCUCAAUUAAGUCACUUCAGAUGUGGAGAAAUAGCAGUCAGUGCAUGUUUAUCGCACAAGAUUGGAGACGGGUGUACAGAGAUUAAUUUUAUGAAUGACUGGGCAACUAUUGCCCGUUCUGCUACUUCAUCAAAUUAUGCGAUAAGUAGGCUAUCAACACCACAAUGGAUUGGUGCGUCUAUUUUUCCACCAACCUACGAUGAUCAUUCUUCAGCUAUAUCACGUAUUACCCCUAAUACACUACCUUAUAUAACAAAAAGGUAUGUUUUCUCCUCUUCUAAACUCAGUGCUCUCAAGAAAUUUAUGGCAUCAGAUUCAGGAGGAGUGCAAAAUCCGACACGUAACGAGGUUGUGACAGCACUGCUCUAUAAGUGUGCUAAUAUGGCUACAUCAAGGUCGAGUUCAGGAUCAGGUUUGUUUAAACCAUCUGCACUUAUCCAGGUUGUGAAUUUACGACCAAGACUCAAUCCCCCUCUCCCCAAUAACUCCGCAGGCAAUCUUAUUUCAUCAAUCUUAAUAAAAUCAACAGACGAAGAACAAAUGAAGGUUGCAAGAAUCGUUCAAGAUUUGAGAAAAGAAAAAGAACAACUUAAUAUGAAACAUGAUCUUGUCAAUCAAAAUGGUGUAGUACUCUCAGCACUUGAGUAUUUGAAUGAUACUAUGGAUGUGUAUUGUUGUAGUAGCUUGUGCAACUACCAAUUAUAUAAUGUGGACUUUGGAUGGGGUAAGCCUGAAAGAGUAGUUGUAACUAAUGGUACUAUAAACUUCUUUUUGUUGUCAGAUGAUAAAAAUGGGGAUGGAAUAGAAGUACUUGUUAGUUUAGGAAAAGAAGUCAUGUCUGAAUUUAACAAUAACAAGGAGCUUCUAGAGUUUGCUUUUCCUGUCUCUAAUUGA